CAAUCAUGCAUUCCUUGUCCGUAAAAAAAAUGAGGAAGAGAAUGUUGGAAUGACUUUUUCGGAGUGCUAAUAACAAUCCCGGUUUAUUUCUUCUCUUUAUAAACAAUUCUUCACUGAAUCUUACCAUAGUUAGUAGUAUAAUUGAGUGAGAAUCUCAGUGCACUAAUCAACUAUUUCCUGAAGCAUAUAUUAUGUAGGAGAACUCAGCUACUCUGGAUGGUCUCGUUGUAAUUGGCAACACUCUUUUGAGCAUCUUCUUUGAGCUUCCCAGUUGAGAUGGGCAUCAAUGGAGGUUUGGUCAGGAGUGUUUUCUCGAGACACCGAUCUUUCGGGACGUACGAGAGCAACGUGAGGAGCAAUGUGACAGAGAGGAAAAGAUGGAGCUCUGUUAGAUGGUACCUAUGUGGGGAUGAAUAUAAUUCCGUCACGGCGGAGAAUGAUUCGGCAUCAGUCAAGAGCUCCGUGGCUACUGCCACCACGCAGUUUAAUUCAGUUUUAGCCGUUGCAGACGAGGAUUCUAGUUCGGUUAGGAGCUCCGAGGCAACUGUCACGCAGCCGAUGCCAGAAGAUGUGGUAGUGGCAAAGGCUGAGUCUUCGGUCUCCAAAACAAUGUCUGAAGAGCAUGCAGCAACCAUCAUCCAGUCAGCAUUUAGACGCUUUCGGACUAGGUGUCGAAAUGGGGGAACUAAAUCAAAGGAUGGUGAGCAGGAAAGUCCAAGUAGGGGAUCUCUGGGCACGUCGGUUGAAGUUCAAACAGGAAAUUCUGUGGAAGUUUACUCGAUUCAAGGAGAAAAUUCGGCUGCUCACCACCGGGCACAACAGAAAGCUCGAGCUCAGGCGCUAAAACUGAAGGAAGAUUGGGAUGACAGCACUGUGAGUAGUAACAUAUCAAAAAUGAGAAUGCAGAACAGAAUGGAAGCAACAACAAGGCGUCAGAGAGCACUCGCUUACGCCUUUUCACAACAGCUAAGGAUCUGCUCAAAGAAAAGGCACACCACAUCUGAUGGCACAGAACAGAGCAUGGGUUGGAGCUGGCUAGAACGGUGGAUGGCAACCCGCCCUACUGAAAUCUCCUCCGCGGAAAGUCAUAUAAGCGACCAGGUUGAACCAAUUCACAGCAGCAACCAAAGAUUUGUCAUGGGAAAGAGACUGUUCGACGGGGCAGGUGAAGAAAAAGAGAGCUGCGGAUCUAAUGAAGUCGGUGUCCUAUAUGAUAACUUUCCGGUAACACCAUUAGAGAGAGAUGGCUUCACUCCAACUAAAAACAGGUUCAAGACUACAAGAAGCCUAUCGAGGCAAAAAUCAAUGCCAAGCUAUGAGUGGGGGAAGGAGUAUCCCAAGGUAAGCAAGAAGGAUUGUUCAAAGGAAGCCGAUAAAGAUGAAGAGCGCAACAGAAAGCGAACAGAGAGAAGCAAGUGCAGAAACUCUUCGUUCUAAGGAACAUAAUUCGCAACUAGAAUCUCUGUUAAGUAAAUAAGAUUCUUGUUACUAUUUACCAUGCACUUUGUACGAGGAUUCUAAUGGACUUGACCUUUAAUAUAAUCUGAUGCUUGAUACCUGAGAGUUAAAA